AUGUUAGGUCCCCAUGUUUUGCGCGAAGCGGAGGAGAAAGUUCACCUCGCUCGCCGACGGUUGUUAAUAGCGCAAUCGAGGCAAAAGAGCUAUGCAAAUAAGCGCCAGCGAGAUUUGGAGUUCGCGGUUGGUGGCUGCGUCUUCUUAACGGUUUCAUCUAUGAGAGGUGUAAGAGGGUUUGGAGUAAGGGGAAAGUUAAGUUCCCGAUACAUUGGACCUUAUGAGGUGUUAGAGUGGAUUGGAGCAGUGGCAUACCGACUUGCAUUGCCGUCGAAGCUUGCGGAUGUUCAUAACGCGUUUCACGUCUCCAACCUUCACAAGUAUAUUCAUGAUCCCGAGCAUGCUCUAUUGUUUGACCCACCGGAACUUCAAGAAGACAUGAACUAUGAGGAGUUCCAUGUAUCUAUUCUUGCUUGA